GGCAACUUGACGAUACAAAAAAUCAAUAGUCUGAAUUCUUAUUACACCACAUUGCAGCGCUCCAAAGAUAAGCCUAAAGUGGUCCUAAAUAAUAAUUAAUCCUUUUUAACUAGCGAUAAAGCACUUUUAUAACUAAUUUUAAUGGAAUUUUGGAAAAACCAAUGUCAAUUUUUGUUCGGACUGUUGGCAACUCUGAUUUGAAAAUGAAAAAAUAAAUGAUAAAAAUUGGUUUAUUUGAAUAAUAAUAGUUUAAAGUAACUAAUCAUAUAGGAUCUCAAGUUGAGAGUCUCAACAAGGAAUUUUAUUGCUCAACCUUGAACGGCUUUAUUUUUGUCGAAUGUAUUAAAAGUAGUUCUAAUGACUCAAAAAAUGUGAGGUUAUGUCAAAAAGUAAAAUUUUUCAAAAAUCCAUUACAAUGGAAACUAAGUGAUUUUAGGUAAUUUUUAAGACAAAAUGAGGCGUUCAUGUACAAAAUCUAUUUAUGGAUAUUCGUUUUUAAGAUUAGUUUUGCUAAUUUUUUCAUGUAUGUUUUUAAUAAUAGUGUUUUUAACUAUUAAAUUGAUUACUUAUGAAAAAAGCAGUUGUCAGAGACUGGACGAGUCUAUAAAUAUUGAAGAUAAUAAAUUCCCUGUUUUACCUUCGGAAGAAAUAAUUGUAAAUAAAAAUCAUAUUAGUGGUCAUAAGCUUGCAAUUUUAGUGCCAUAUAAGGACAGAUUUGAAGAACUAUUAGUAUUCGCUCCAUAUAUACACAAUUUUUUAAUAAAACAAAAUGUUGACCAUGAUAUUUUUAUACUGCAUCAGAUAGAUUUUUUUAGAUUUAAUAGAGCCUCAUUAAUAAACGUUGGUUUUUUGGCAACUAAAGAUAAUUAUACAUAUUUGGCUAUGCAUGAUGUGGAUUUAUUACCAUUAAAUGAUAAUUUGUUGUAUAAAUAUCCUGAAAUGCCUUUGCACAUUGCAUCUCCAAAAUUUCAUCCCAGAUAUCACUAUGAAAAGUUUAUUGGGGGUAUUUUACUGAUAAAUAGGGAACAUUUUUCUAAAGUUAAUGGUUUGUCGAAUAGGUAUUGGGGGUGGGGACUUGAAGAUGAUGAAUUUUAUGUGAGAUUAAAAGAUGCAAAAUUAACCAUACAAAGGCCAGAAAAUAUUACGACAGGCACUACCAAUACAUUUAAACAUAUUCACACAAAACAAAGAGUAAGGGACACAAAAAAGUGCUUUAACCAAAAAGAAGUGACCAGAAAAAGGGAUAAAGUAACAGGUUUACAUGAUGUAAAAUAUAAUAUAAAAAGUCGAACAAAAAUGAACAUAGAAGGUGCUCCUUUAACUAUUAUUAAUGUACAAUUAUUAUGUGAUCAAACUAAGACUCCUUGGUGUGAAUGUUGAACAAAAAAUAAUAAAAAGCAUUGAAAUUUG